AUGCAACCUAACCUCUUAUGCAGUAGCCCUGUUGAGCAUGCUCCAGUCUCCAUCAGCCCCGCACCUGUCGCUCUGCCUGCUAGCGCUGCUUCGCCCAAUCAGGUGGCUUCACCUGCUGCUUCGCAGUCUCCAGAGCCCGCCCCCGUAGCCCCUGAGAGGUAAUGCUGUGUGGGUUGAAUGUUUUUGUCUGUUGUGGUUUUAUUGUCCUCCGCCAACUGAGUGCUCUUCCUUUUCUUUGGUAUGUACCUAUAUUUGUGUGUGCUCUUUCAUUGAGAGUGACUGUUUUGUUCUGAUGUUGUCCCACUUUUUCCUUUUGUCAACAGUUUCGAUGUGAUUGAUUGAACAUGAUUUUGUUUUUAUGUUCCAAUUAGACUUGGAAAACCUUGAUUGUACUAUGUGAAUGGUUAGGUGAAAGGUUUCAUGAGCCGUAUGCAUUUAAAGUGGCUAUGGCUUUGGGUUUAGUACAUUCACAGGGGAGAGUGUCCAUAUUCAGUGUUCAAGGUAAGUCAAACGGUCUGAUGAUGCUGUGAUCAUCUGGACUGUGUGGAAGCUGUGAGGAGAGAGACACUGGGAAGACCUGCCAUGUCUGUGAGCGGUGUGAGAACAGAGAGCCUCAAGGCAGUGGAGUACUGUAGUCAUACAGAGCGAGUCUGCCAAACCCAUCAUCCUUUAACCCUUAACGUCCUCAUCAUCAUAACAAUCCAUCCAUCUUAAACCAGUUUUUUAUUUGACCAGCCUUAAUACAAUACAACAGAGAUGACCUGGGCCUGUGCAAGCUGUUGCUUCUGUACAGUUCUGCAAAAUCUAGAGAGAGUUUGCAGAGUGAACACAGUCAAUAUGUCACACAAAGAAUUCCCAACAUUCCCUUUCCAGAGCACAACCUCCCUCUCCUGAUCCUUCCUGGCUGUGUUAACUCUACUCUGUCCUCUGCAGCGAGCAGCCACCCCCAGACACCCAGACACAGCCAGUGGCCCCUGAGGCCCCUGCAAUUCCCUCUGGGGGACCCCGCCACCUGACGCAUGCAGCCUCCCAUAUCUCGUCUGCUCUGAUUACACAGUCUAGGUACAGUUGUCACUCAAUCACUCCCCCUGUCCCAGUUUCUACCUUUUAUGUCAGUCAGGAGAUAGUGCCCUUCCAGUGUCAAUAGACCAAUGUGUCUGGCGGGCUGUGUGGAUUUGGUUGAGAUAGGAGGGGCAGAAGCAGGUGCAGAUGCUAGUACAUAGUUGCUAUUUUAUGGGGGGCAGAGGUUUGUGAGGAAUAUGGAUUGAGUUGGGAGAGCUUUAUUUUCUGAUGCUGAAAUAAUGGAUGUAAGAGUAUACAGGGUGUCAACAGAGGAUUUAUUUGGAUAGUCCACAAUAGAUGAUCUAUAGAUGCUCAAACUAUUAGCAAACUACCAACUGCAAGUCCAUUUAUAUGCAACAGCUUGCUAGGGUUGGUGUAUAACCUUCUUAGACAUAAUUACAUGAGCCAGAUAUUGCUUCUUGGUGAAAUACCCCAGAUCACCCCCUUGGACCUUGGACCUUCAAUGGGGGUGUCUGAGAUCACUUUCUUAGACUUCUGGAUUAUGUUUUUGGACCAUCGAGAGGCAUGGUGUCUAUACUACUUUAUUGGACCCUCAGAUAACUCCUUUGGACCAGCAGAUUAAAUAAAUGUCCAUGGAAAUGGACAAUAAAGUAUAUCAUAUCGUAUCCAUGAAUGGUGGGUUUGUCAGUAGGAUAAAAAAUCACAUGAAAUAAAAUAAAAGAGUGUGCAAUGCUGUCAUCAAGGAAAAGGGUGGCUAUUUGAAGAAUCUCAAAUAUAAAAUAUAUUUUUGUGGUUACUACAUCAUUACAUAUGUGUUAUUUCAUAGUUUUGAUGUCUUCACUAUUAUUCUACAAUGUAGAAAAUAGUAAAAAAUAAAGACAAACCCUUGAAUGAGUAGGUGUUCUAAAUCUUUUGACCGGUAGUGUAUAAAACAUCUAUUAGGGACUAUCCAAAUAAAGUGUUACCUUCUUUUUUGCAUUACAGUGUAGUAUUUCAGAGAGGGUUUAAGAUGGUAUAAGGAAUUCUAAGUAAUCAUUGUGUAUGUGGAGGAAAUUGGAGUGAGCCCUAAACCGUCUCUCAGACCUCUCUUGUUGGCUCUCGUUAAGAAACAAGGUUUAUAAGCAAGGGCCACCGCCCACCUCUGCACUGGAGGCUCUGUCAAUCACCCCAGUGUUCCGAACCAGCACUUUGCCCAAACGAAAGCGCACCCUGCCCUCUGGGAAACCCAAGCACCUGAGGUACACACACACCUGGACAGACUGACACAGUGACAGAGAGACUGACCACGUCACAGACAGUGGUGUGCAGAGUUGCUUAGGUACGUGGGAUAGGGGACAGGAGGGUAAAACAAACAUGUCAACUUUUACUGGGCAGUGGGACACUAGCCUGAUCAAAGGAGCAAGGCCAUGACUGCAGCAUUGCUUCAUUCGCAUUGGCUAUGUUUCAUAGGAAAAUAUGAUUAUUUACAUCUGUCACACCAUGAAAAGUGGUGUAAAAUAACUGCAACAGCCCCAAUUGGAUACAUGCAAUUGAUCGGACUGCAAUAGGUCGGUGCAACGUUUUUGCUUGCCUGCACAGGGUCCAACUUCUCUCCAAAAGCUCUUUGCAUUAGCUCUCGCCAUUAGCUCUCGCCAUUACAGCUGAAUGGAUAGGAAAAUGUCCAUGAGGCUUCAUGUGCAGACUGUAUACUGCAGAUUGUCUAAAGGGACAAGCAAAGGAAUGUUCAGUAUGUAAGCUCAUGUGGGGGUUUGGCAGCAUUUGCGAUUGCUGAUCCAUGUUUUUUUUUACUAAUUUGCACCUCUUUCUCCACAAUGUCAAUUUUCCCUUCACAGUAUUAAUGGUUAGAUAUGUUUGACCACAAUAUAAAAAGCCAAUUUUAAUGCUGAAUGUAGCUAACAUGACUCUGAAGUUGACUUUUUGACAUUCCAUCUCUCAUCUAGAAUUUGCAGGUCACCCUGUUUCUUCCAUUAACACACGCACAAAAUCCCUACAGGCCCAUUCAAGUCUGGACCUUUGCAUGUCAUAAUAAAGAACAGCAUACUCUCAGAAUUGGUAUUAAUGGGCACUGUUCACCCUGUGAAGGUCACAUAAUUAGUGAUAUGAGAGUAGUUCACUUGGUAAUGCACAUAGUAGUCCAGUUAGUGAUUGUACCACAUCGUGUAAUGGUGGUAGCUCCUCUAUCCCACACUCUCCCAUGCUCACUCUGCACGUCACUGCUCAACUGCAUGCUCACACACUGGCUUGACUAAUUUUGAUCUGGGGGGUAGUUUGUCAUAGAACAGCAGAAGUGCGUAACUCUUGGAUGUCAAUCACAGUCAUUUGUAUCCUGCAAAUCAGUGAUGUACUAAAUCAUUAUCUAUGGCUGUGAUGCACCACUCUAGUCAACUACUGAAUGGCUAACUAGUGGCUACAGGCAAUAGCAGCUGUUGAUAGAUGUAAUGCUUCAUAGUACAAUAGCUGAAAAGGUAACAUGAUGUGGGCUAGAAUGCUGUAGAAUUUGGUACACAAAUUGAACUUAAUUUAAAAUGUGACACUUAUCACAAAAGAUGACUAAUUUCUGUGCUUGUAUUAUACCCUCUGAUUUGUCAGUGUCUAGUGGGGAUAUUAUGAAAUUAUCUUCAUUGUUUAGCUUUGCAUAACAAGGGGAUUUAUGGUACUUAUGUUACCAAGUUUGUUUGGUUCAGCUUACCAUUGUAGAGGGUCAAUUUGGUUUUGUAUAAACAGCUGGCUUAAAUAAGGAAACAAAUCAAAUCUAACCUUUUAGUUUUAAUAUAAUAGUGGUAUUUUAUAGUGAUCUCCUGGAGCCAGUGUGGUUACCACAGUUGCUUAAAACUGUGAAUGCUAUAUCAACUCAUGAUGUGCAGUGAAGGGUGGUUUGAAGUGAAUUUAUCUGGCCUGCAUGUUCGUGUGUUUUUGAGAAGUGGUCCUCUGGCUCACCUUAAAGUUUCCUAAGAAUUGUGGCAUCAUUUUCUCUUCAAUUUGGAUUGGUUGUGUUAAUUGAUGUUGCCAGGAGUGUUGGCAUUUGCAGUGGAGCCAGUUGUGGUGGUUGUGUGCAGAGUGUAGAAUGAGUGGUUUUGUGAGUGUGCGUGUCAGCGUCUGUUUGUGUGUGUGUGUGUGCAGUAUCAAUAUGGUUUCCUUGAUUGAUGGUGAUACAUACAGAUAUAGGAGCUUAGAUGUGUAUCGAUUUGUUUUGGCAGUGUUAGGAUCAUUGAUUUUCAGAACCUGUUUUAUUUGUCUCUCUAGGAUAUAUAUUUUUCCUUUGUGUGUGAAUGUGUGCUCUCACAAAGGUAUUGCUAUGAAACCAAGUUCACCUAUACCUCAAAGAGACUGCUGAUUUGGUGCUGCCCUCUCUUCAAAAGCUACACAGCUGACUAUGUGGUCAAACUAGCUGACUGACUAACAGUUCAAAUGAAACUGCUGUGAUCUGAUGAUGUUACAAUAUGUGAGAAAUCCGAUGACUCUUGUUUUCCUUAAGUAAACAGUGGAGAAAAGUUAAUGGCAUCGGUAACAAACUCCUUGGGCAGCACGGCAUCAUACAGGUAUAGGUGUACAUGGCCUUCAUCCAAAGAGCUAUUUUUGACCCCUGUUUUUGACCCCUGAUCCUUUGUUUCUGAUAGCAGCUACAGCCUGCAGCAGUCUGCCUCUGGUUACAGCUCCCAGCACAAAUCCUCAGUCUCCAGGUACUUCUGUGGGGAAGUUUAUCCAGAUGCCACUGUCCAUAGAACAUCUGGAUAGUGUGCUUCCUUCCCUUAUUGUCAACAUAACUUCACUUCCGGAUUAACACACACUUAUUCCCCUCCCUCUGUUUUUAGCUCUAAGGAUGAUAAUCGUGCUUUGACAGUGUUCGUUUAACCUGCGUUUUAACCUCCCCUUUCUUACAAAUGUAUCAAAACCUGCUUCUCUCUCCUCUCAAAUGAAAUCUGUUGGCGACUCUGUUAAUCUCUCUCACUGCCAUAACUGAGGCUCUCUGUUCUAACACUGUUUCUCUGAUACCAGGCUGUCUUUCUCUCUUUCUGUGUGGGUCUCUGCUAUAUUAUUAAACUCCCACUAACCUUUGAGUUAAACGUGUCUGGUGAAGUGGAGGAGCUCCAGGUAAGACUCAAAACAUAUAUGGACACUCAGUCAGGAAGGAGAUAGGUGGCUGUCCAGCAUUCAGCAUACUAGGUUUAAUCGUGAGGCAUAGCGUUAACAGUCUCCUUGUUAGUAAUUGGUACUUGUAGUACAGUUUCCCAGUUUAGAUUAUUAUAUUGCAUAAACUAUGACCAUUCAGAAAUCAGCUGAACUGAUGAUCAGACUAGUAGAGAUAUGUUUCCAUCUAGGUGGUGAUGGUCACUCAGCUUCUUGUUUAUCCUUCUGCAGCCAAUAUGGCCAGGCUCCCCCCAUGCAACAAGCCCCUCCCAUGUACCAGGGGCAAUCCAUGUACCAGGGGCCUCCUAUGCAGCAGGGACCUCCCAUGUACCAAGGGCCUCCCAUGCAGCAGGGACCUCCCAUGUACCAGGGGCCCCCCAUCCACCAGGCUCCGCCUAUGCAGCAACCUCCCAUGCAGCAGCCUCCCUACAUGCAGCAGCCUCCUCACAUGCAGCAAAGCUCCAUCCAGAUCCCUGUGGGCCCUCCCCCACCCAAGGUGGUCAGCACCGCCUGCAUCGUGCCAGGUAGUUACAGCAGGUGGCGCUGUGUGACCGUUUGUAUGUGUGUUAACAAUAUGGUGCAGUUGAAGUCGGAAGUUUACAUACACUUAGGUUGGAGUCAUUAAAACCUGUUUUUCAACCACUCCACAAAUGUCUUGUUAACAAACAUAGUUUUGUUAACAAACAUAGUUUUGGCAAGUCGGUUAGGACAUCUACUUUAUGCAUGAUACAAGUAAUUUUUCCAACAAUUGUUUACAGACAGAUUAUUUCACUUAUAAUUCACUGUAUCACAAUUCCAGUGGGUCAGAAGUUUACAAGCACUAAGUUGACUGUGCCUUAAAUAGCUUGGAAAAUUCCAGAAAAUGAUGUCAUGGAUUUAGAAGCUUCUGAUAGGCUAAUUGACAUCAUUUGAGUCAAUUGGAGGUGUACCUGUGGAUGUAUUUCAAGGCCUACCUUCAAACUCAGUGCCUCUUUGCUUGACAUCAUGGGGAAAUCAAAAGAAAUCAGCCAAGACCUCAGAAAAAAAAUUGUAGACCUCCACAAGUCUGGUUCAUCCUUGGGAGCAAUUUCCAAAUGCCUGAAGGUACCAUGUUCAUCUGUACAAACAAUAGUACGCAAGUAUAAACACCAUGGGACCACGCAGCCGUCAUACCGCUCCGGAAGGAGACGCGUUCUGUCUCCUAGAGAUGAACAUACUUUUGUGCGGAAAGUGCAAAUCAAUCCCAGAACAACAGCAAAUGACCUUAUGAAGAUGCUGGAGGAAACAGGUACAAAAGUAUCUAUAUCCACAGUAAAAUGAGUCCUAUAUCGACAUAACCUGUGGUCCUCUGUAGCUCAGCUGGUAGAGCACGGCGCUUGUAACGCCAAGGUAGUGGGUUCGAUCCCCGGGACCACCCAUACACACACACAAAAAAAAUAAAAAUGUAUGCACGCAUGACUGUAAGUCGCUUUGGAUAAAAGCGUCUGCUAAAUGGCAUAUUAUCUUAUAUUAUAACCUGAAAGGCCGCUCAGCAAGGAAGAAGCCACUGCUCCAAAACCGCCAUAAAAAAGCCAGACUACGGAUUGCAACUGCACAUGGGGACAAAGAUCAUACUUUUUGGAGAAAUGGCCUCUGGUCUGAUGAAACAAAAAUAGAACUGUUUGGCCAUAAUGACCAUCGUUAUGUUUGGAGGAAAAAGGGGGUAGCUUGCAAGCCGAAGAACACCAUCCCAACCAUGAAGCACGGGGGUGGCAGCAUCGUGCUGUGGGGGUGCUUUGCUGCAGGAGGGACUGGUGCACUUCACAAAAUAGAUGGCAUCAUGAGGAAUGAAAAUGAUGUGGAUAUAUUGAAGCAACAUCUCAAGACAUCAGUCAGGAAGUUAAAGCUUGGUCGCAAAUGGGUCUUCCAAAUGGACAAUGACCCCAAGCAUACUUCCAAAGUUGUGGCAAAAUGGCUUAAGGACAACAAAGUCAAGGUAUUGGAGUGGCCAUCACAAAGCCCUGACCUCAAUCCUAUAGAACAUUUGUGGGCAGAACUGAAAAAGCGUGUGCGAGCAAGGAGGCCUACAAACCUGACUCAGUUACACCAGCUCUGUCAGGAGGAAUGGGCCAAAAUUCACCCAACUUAUUGUGGGAAGCUUGUGGAAGGCUACCCGGAACGUUUAACCCAAGUUAAACAAUUUAAAGGCAAUGCUACCAAAUACUAAUUGAGUGUAUGUAAACUUCUGACCCACUGGGAAUGUGAUGAAAUAAAUAAAAGCUGAAAUAAAUCAUUCUCUCUACUAUUAUUCUGACAUUUCACAUUCUUAAAAUAAAGUGGUGAUCCUAACUGACCUAAAACAGGGAAUUGUUACUAGGAUUAAAUGUCAGGAAUUGUGAAAAACUGAGUUUAAAUGUAUAUAAAUUUGGCUAAGGUGUAUGUAAACUUCCGACUUCAACUGUAAGUAUGGAUAGUGUUGACUUAACCGCGUGUCUCUUUGGGUCAUAGCUCCAGCCCCUGCCCCUGCCCCUGUUCCACCCCAAGCCGCAGCCCAGGCCACCCCUGAACCCCCCUCCAGCAGGCCCCCCUGGAUUACUGACGACUCUUUUGCCAAUAAAUUUGACCCCAGCAAGACCACCAGCACCAGCAGGAAAGUGCCUGCUCUACCUCAGAGUGCCCCACCAGCACCGGCCUACAUCCCAAACCCUGGCUCUGCCCACACCCCUCACUCUGCCCCAAGCCCUGCCUAUAACCCCAGCCCUGCCCCAUACAACCCCACUCCUGCCCCUUUCAAUCCCGUUGCCCGGGGUGUGGCCCAAAGGGCGGAGCGCUUCGCUGCCAACAGCAACAGAGCACCCCUCUGUGGGGCCUGCAACAACAUGAUCAGGUAACAACAACAAUACACUGAGUGUACAAAACAUUAAGAACACUUUCCUAAUAUUGAGUUACACCCCCCCUCCCCUUUUGCCCUCAGAACAGCCUCAAUUCAUCGGAGCAUGGAUUCUACAAGGUGUCGAAAGCGUUCCACAGGGAUGCUGGCCCAUGUUGACUCCAAUGCUUCCCACAGUUGUGUCAAGUUGGCUGGAUGUCCUUUGGGUGGUGGACCAUUCUUGAUACACACGGGAAACUGUUGAGCGUGAAAACCCAGCAACGUUGCAGUUCUUUAUACACAACCCGGUGGGCCUGGCACCUACUACCAUACCCCGUUCAAAGGCACUUAAAUAUUUUGUAUUGCCCUUUCACCCUCUGAAUGGUACACAUACACAAUCCAUGUCUCAAUUGUCUGAAGGCCUAAAAAUCCUUCUUUAACCUGCCUCCUCCCCUUCAGUGGAUUUAACAGGUGACAUCAAUAAGGGAUCAUAGCUUUCACCCGCUAUCUGUCGUUACAGGGGACCCUUCCUGGUGGCCUUGGGUCGCUCCUGGCACCCAGAGGAGUUCAACUGUCACUACUGCCACACAUCGCUUGCAGACUGCAGCUUUGUGGAGGAGCAGAACGCAGUAUACUGUGAGAACUGCUACGGAGAGUUCUUUGCCCCCACCUGUGCCCGCUGCAACACCAAGAUCAUGGGGGUAAGAUGACAGACCCAAACACAGACACGUACAAUACACACAAAAGCACUUUAUGCAAGCGUACACCUACACAUACACCCACACAAUAACCUUUUGUCCCUGUGUUUUGGUGUGCAGGAGGUAAUGCAUGCUCUGCGGCAGACAUGGCACACCACCUGCUUUGUGUGUGCUGCCUGUGGCAAGGCCUUUGGAAAUAGCCUCUUCCACAUGGAGGAUGGGGAGCCCUACUGCGAGAAAGGUACUUUAGAUCAAUGGAAUGGCAUGGCACAUAAUGAAAAACCCCAAGUGUCAAAUGUUUCCUUUAGAGCCCAAACCAGCUUCUGUAUAUAUGUUUGCCAUAAUGUCCUCUGUGAAAACAACUUCUGCAACUGAACUACAUUUGAAUGAUAUACAUAAAGAGACAUGUUUAAUGCAUGUAACUUUGCUACCAUUUGCACUCUGCUAGUAUUUUCUGCAUCAAUGCUCUCUCUUCCAGAUUACAUUUCACUCUUCAGCACCAAGUGCCAUGGCUGUGACUUUCCAGUAGAAGCUGGAGACAAGUUCAUUGAAGCACUGGGUCAUACCUGGCACGAUACCUGCUUUGUCUGUGCGGUAAGAAGGACUACAGCGCUGUACAAUAACCCACGUUCCUGCUGUAUAAAAUUGUUAUUUCUCAAAUCUCUUGGACUGUACCAAAAAUGUGUGGCUUGUGAGAUUAACAAUGAUGUCUGUCUCCCACAGGUGUGCAAUUUGAACCUGGAGGGCCAGCCCUUCUACUCCAAGAAGGACAAGCCCCUGUGCAAGAAGCAUGCUCACGCAAUCAACGUGUAGAUGCUCCAUCUGCAGUCUAAUGGGGUGGUGGGCAGGUGCUUACAUAGCUAUGCCCAAGCCUUGGCAAAGAGCCCUGUAGAGGGCAUUGAUGCCAGUCAAAAUGAUGAAAAACACAAGCUGAAGAUAAUAGCAACAAGAUUGACUGUUCAGUAAACCGAUCAGUUAGUCGUGACAAAAUUUAAGUAUUUUCAUUGGUACUGAAACUCAAGACAAAACUGCCUAAAAUGCUGCAGCUCCCUCAGAAAAUGUGUUACGUUUGUAUUUAUUAAUAUCACUUACAAAUGAAUUAUAUUGUAUAUCAGAGAAUUCUGAUGUAAACUAUUUGCUACGACUCAGGUCCUGGGGGGCCUCAAUCCAGUGAGGCUGGAGCAAAAGCCUUAGCAGCCUACAGACACAGGCAGACUGAGUGGAGUAGCAGGGUAAUCAGUAAAUAAGAUGCCUUAUUUCACAGAAACACUGUGUGCUUUGUUUUUAAUGUAAAAACCCAAAUAGCAAAACCCAAAUAGCUUGCAGUGAAUGUAAUAAGACCGUUUUAGUAUCACAUACAGUAGAUUUAAUGCCUCACGCUGACCAAAAGAGCACAGAAUGUGAACUGAUACAGUAUAGCGUGACACAUGUAGGCCUACUAAUACUGUUUAAUUUCACAGAGGUUUUAUUAAAGUGACAGUUUAAUAAGUAAUAUUUAUUGCAACUUUGGCAAAGUGUUAUUUAUUUACAUAGAAGAAAACGGAAGUAUAACAUCCAUGGAUGUUUAUAUUGCUGAUAAAACAAAAAAAGUUAUUUGAAUUAUUUUGUUUUGUAUGCAUGCAGUUGCAUCAUACAGAGGUUCAUAGUAUUAUAUGAAGAACCUGUAACUCAAACUCUUUCAUCCUGGAUUUAUUUAUUUAUUAUAUACAAAGAUAGCGCUCUGUUACAUUAUGAUACAGUAAUACUAUACCAACUUUGGGGAUCACUUUAUGGGGUAGAGAAGUUAGGUUUUUGGAAUGUGUCUCUUAAACGUGAUUUAUUCCUGACUGGAAAUCAAGGAACCACUCUGUGUCUUUUACUGCAUGUAAUGGGAAGUUUGGGGAGGUGCACGGACGGUGGACACAGAGCCAGAUAGAUAUCAAUCAAUCAAUCAAUUUUAUUUUAUAUAGCCCUUCUUACAUCAGCUAAUAUCUCGAAGUGCUGUACAGAAACCCAGCCUAAAACCCCAAACAGCUAGUAAUGCAGGUGUAGAAGCACGGUGGCUAGGAAAAACUCCCUAGAAAGGCGAAAACCUAGGAAGAAACCUAGAGAGGAACCAGGCUAUGAGGGGUGGCCAGUCCUCUUCUGGCUGUGCCGGGUGGAGAUUAUAACAGAACCAUGCCAAGAUGUUCAAAAAUGUUCAUAAGUGACAAGCAUGGUCAAAUAAUAAUCAGGAAUAAAUCUCAGUUGGCUUUUCAUAGCCGAUCAUUAAGAGUUGAAAACAGCAGGUCUGGGACAGGUAGGGGUUCCAUAACCGCAGGCAGAACAGUUUAAACUGGAAUAGCAGCAAGGCCAGGCGGACUGGGGACAGCAAGGAGUCACCACGGCCGGUAGUCCCGACGUAUGGUCCUAGGGCUCAGGUCUCUCAGUUGGCUUUUCAUAGCCGAUCAUUAAGAGUUGAAAACAGCAGGUCUGGGACAGGUAGGGGUUUCGUAGCCGCAGGCAGAACAGUUGAAACUGGAAUAGCAGCAAGGCCAGGCGGACUGGGGACAGCAAGGUGUCAUCAUGCCCGGUAGUCCUGACGUAUGGUCCUAGGGCUCAGGUUCUCAGAGAGAAAGAGAGAACGAGAGAAUUAGAGAGAGCAUACUUAAAUUCACACAGGACACUGGAUAAGACAGGAGAAGUACUCCAGGUAUAACCAACUAACCCCAGCCCCCCGACACAUAAACUACUGCAGCAUAUAUGAUAUGUCACAAUGGGCCGCCGGACUAUCGUUUCUCCGCGGCUUUGGACUCUGAAUUGCGCUUAAGGGAGGCAAGCUCUGGCCUGGGGUCUUACAAAUACAUUUUACACAACAAAUGUCUAUGCAUGGUGAUCUGCCUUACACCCAUAUGAAGCGCUUAAUUUAAAGAAUAAUUUAUAGGAAAUAUCUGUCAAGGCCAAAAACAGCCAAACACAAUCAUUUCUCACUCACUAGCACACACACCUUAAAGGUCAGUUGAGACAGUGUGCUUGUGUACAACCUUUUUACUUUCAGAGUUUAUUUUAUACAUCUUUGUGUAUUUUCUGUGUUUGUGUAAGUGUGUGCGCAUGCAUGAGUUUGUACAUGAUUGUCAGUGCAUGUCUACUGAGGCAACAUCAGUAUUAGUAAUGUAUUUGUGCCACUAGAGUAGCAAAGCAUAUUGUGAUUUUACAUAACUCUAAGAACACUACACUGAAUACUUUUGAUAUGCAUACUGUAUGUGUGUAGAUAAACUGGUAAGAAAAGCAUAGUCAGUGCCAGUUCAGAAUAAACCUUACAUGGUACCAUUGGAGGGAAAUGAAGACAGACUUGAAUUGUUGCUAAAUAGUUGUUUACUGAAAGUUCAGCAUAUUGAAACUAGUUGUAUAGUUUCCAACCACUAGAGUGCAACAGAGUGUUGAAACCGUGCUGCUUUCCAGGCCCCAUGUGUCAGCCAGCAAUAUCAUUACACUUCCUCCAUAAUCAGAAAUUGUGGACAGCAUAGGGAAAACGAUUGUUAGGGUUAUUUAGAUAGUUCCCCUUUAUUAAAAAAAAGACUAUUGAGUCAACAUGAUGAUAGAAAUCCCAUUGAGGCUAUUUUUAGGCAAUAAAAUAUAGUGACUUUUGUGUUAGUCAGCAGCCCAAACUGUCAAUAUUGCUGGUUCCAAUGCUCACACGUUUCCCCUGUAGUCAACAUUGGUUAUAAUAACACUAUGAAAGAAUAGUUAAGGACAAAUUAAGGAGGACACAGUUUUAUAUAAUUUCACAGUCCAUUCCCAAAUUACUAUAACUUCUCUGCUGUCAGGCAUUCAUUCCAUUUAGGUAAGAGGUCUCUUGUGCAUCUCUGUCCUCUGUAACGAGAGACAUAAGUAGCAUUCAGCGUUCUCUUCACUCUCAACACUUCCCUCCCUCCUGGCUAGUUUUCCCUAAACAGUCUAUAUGACACACAGGUUACUUUGCUAUGACACUGUAUUAAGACAAUCCUUUUAAAUUCAGGCUGCUAAGUGGUCUUUUAGAUGUUGGUUCACACAUUAUUUCUGUUUGCACUGCUGUUUAUUAAACACUUGUGAGGCUGCAAGAUUUAAAUCCAAUGUGCAAAAGGGAUUGCUUCUUCUUCCAUGUUCUGUGUUUUGAUGGGGGAAAGUAUUUUUUUCUAGAGUAGUAUUUUUCUUAGAAUAGAUAUAUACUUGGCAUGAGAUAACAACCACUCUCUUAAAUCUGAUAAUUGAUUUACUUAUAUAAACUUUCAUCUGUUUUUGAAGCACUAACUGAAAUAUGGCCUUGAUCUUUGAGUAGUUGUAUGCCGUCAAUGUUUUUUUUCUUUGGCAUGGACUGUGUUGGAGGAAUAGGAUUGUUGUCAUUUUUCUGUUGUACAUUAUCAAUAAUACAUGAAUUUGUGUUUAAUCUCUUGCUGAAUUUGUACUUGGAACCCUAUUGUCUAUAUAAACAAGGUAUCUUUAUGUGGAACAUAUUUGGUCAGCACCUCUACAGUAAGUGAUGUUCUCUGUGUGUGCGCCAGCUCAUGCUUUUUAUUGGAUUGUAAACCCCCAUAUUUCAAAUUACUCACCCUGCCUGGCCUACCAUAACACUAAUGAUGCUUAAAAAUAUGAACAUGUUUUAUGAAUUGCUUUAUUUAGUGAAAUGCAUCUGACUGCUAUCAGAACAGAGUUACAUGGAGAAAGGAUAUACCUUGAAGAUUUAAGAAUUUAACAGGAGUCUAUCUGUGUGUGUAUCUAUCUUGGGAAGGAAAUGGGCUUGAUUUCGUCUCUCUUGAGAACUUCCUGGAUUGGACAAUGUUUGAAUGGCCUUAAUUUAUGCAUGCUGUAGCCUAUUAAAUACCAUGACCUUAAUUUAUAUUGUUCAGCAAAGAUUACGAAUCACAAUUAUGUUUUUGUUUUACAACCACAUGUAUGCCUGUAUUACCAGAGUCAAUGUUGAGAGGCUGCUGGUAUCUCUAGAUCUCUAGGGGGUCGUUCCACGAAAUGGGUGCCUUUUGCGUCCCUUUGAUAU